AUGCCUUUGCAACUCCUCUCACGACCAACUGACACCACUCGUACCCGCUCACCAUCACCCUUCGAAACACCUGCUAUAAAGCCUGCCAUCCCCACCAUUCGCCUCAUUUCCGCGACCCCCUCACCAGCCGUCGCUCCAUGGUCUGAAUCCCAGCCCCCACUCUCACUCCCUCUCGCGCCCAAAGCCCCGUCCUCAGAUGCAACGCCUCGUAGGCGUCUCGUACCCAAGAAAUCAAAGAUUGGUCUCCUUUCGUCACGAGAGGCAGAUUUAUCAGAUGUGGUGCGUCGCGUUGGCGCACGCGACUCAAACAAGAAUGCCAGCACGGGCCUAGAAAUAUACGUUGACCCGAUGCUCGAUCCCGAGAUCGGAGAGAUCGUCGUAGUCAAGAAGAAGAAGAGCCGCAUGGCCUUGGAUGGCAUGCGCUGGGGUCCCGCUCUUGGCGAGGUGACCAACGUUCCACAUGUGAAGGAAAAGGAAAAGAAGGAAAGGAAGAAAGACAAGGAGAAUACAUCGAAGGUAAAGGUGGAUGAGAAAUCCGGUUGGUGGACUAUCGGGAAGGGGAAGAAGGAUUCGAAGGAGAAAGAGAGACCAAGAUCGCCUGAACCGCCCACGACUAGCAAACCUACCGAGUCCCGAGCUCGCUUCAACUCUCUCGACUCGGGCAUCUUGCUUAACAGCCCAGUAUUUUCUGAACACUCCAAGUCGCCCGCAGAGAACCAAUAUUUGCGUGUACCAACACCGCCGUCUGCGACCUUCGCGUCCGCUGCACAUGGUGCCACACUUGCUCCACCAGGUGCUCCCCCCAUUGGCUCAGGUAAAGAUAGCGUCGCCAUUCGAGCUAUGCGCUCUGUUCGCUCUCUCGCACGUAUUGGCUCCUGGGCACAGCUCAAGAACAUGCCCGCGCCCGAUGACACUCCUAAACCCACUCCUCCCGUCAUCAGCGAACCCAAGAAAAAGAAGAAAAAAAAGGACAAGGGUCAAAACAAAGAGAAAGAAAAGGAGAAAGAGAAGGACAAGGCUGCAACCGUUCGCUACUCCGGCAGCAGCUUCGAAGCAGGGGCGCUCAGUGCUAGCCCUGAUAAGAACGCCAGCAGAGCAACUCUUGGCAAGAAGAAGUCCAUUCUUGGGUUGGGCCUCCCCUCCACAAUGCGUCUCCCAUCUAUGCGCAGUGUGUCCAUGACGUCGUCGAUUGGAGCUGCCCAAGUGCAGAGCUCGAAUAAACUCCCGGCGGAUACAGCUGCCACGUUAGGGUAUGGUAUUCUGGCCAGGGCAAGGUCGGGUUCCACAAUGACAGCGAGCAGUGCUGGCAGCGUGAGGCCUGUGUCUGUGUCUUCGGGAGGGUCUUCUGGGGGAUGCUCGGUGAGGUGGGACGAGGUUGGGUUAGAAACUGUGAAGGAGGUCAGGAGGAAGGAACGCGCAUUGAAGGAGAAGGACAGCAGCAAGGAAAAGAAAACCAAAGGAACCCGCAAGAGUUCGGAUAGCAGGAAAAGGACGCCGCUCUCAUCGGUUUUCCCUGGGAGGUUGUCUGAACGUGAAGAAGGUGAAGGAACGAAUGAGGAAGAGGCAUCUACUCUGCCAAUUGUGACCAUCGAAGAGGCAACUGUUGACGGCCACAGCGACGUCGAGACACCCGUCAAGCGAGCACGUUCAAGGCCGCUGAGCGAGCAACUUUUGGGACGUAGUAGGCCCAAGGCUAUGUAUGAGGACGAAAACGACUGUGCAGUAAUGUCCCUCCUGGAUGCAGCCACAAAUGAUCUUGCGCAGCUCAUCAACCGCCUCGAUCUCCAAGCGACGCCGGACAUGUCGCCGAUGAGUGGGCGUUCGCCAUCUUUGUUGGCCUCUUCCCAAGCUGGCAGCCCCACGAAACGCAUGACUCUAGAAAGCCCUGUCAAACGCCUCCGCGCAAGCGCUGCGAGCGUCACCUCACUCCGCCCAUACGCCAAGACGAUAUCCACCGCUGUAGUUCCGUCCAUCGGGCAGCACAUUGCACCGUGGGCCACGCUCAAUGCUGGGAUAUCACCUGCGAAAUCUCCGUCAAGGGACUCACACGAGCCAGCACCGACCUUUAGGUUCACGCACAAGCGUACAAUGAGCCCUGCGCCUGCGGCAGAGCCAGAGCCAGUCUUCAAAGCACUCCGCCCUGCGAAAAGCAGGGUACCUGUUUCGGGACGCGCCGUGUUCGCAGCGCCUAUGAGCUUACCGUUCACGGGUAACGCAGAUCGUUCACCAUCAUCACGCACGUUUGGCUCUGUGCACUCAAAGUCUAGUUCCCGUGCGUCACUGGGUGCAAGCCCUGUGUUCAAGAAAGCAAGAGGUCAUGAGAGGAAACCGUCGUCACUUGUGCAUGCGGAGCAUGCGCAUUUACAGUUGCGUUGCGAUACCACCGAUGAUGUCCCGAAACCGCUUGAUAGCCCAAGCUUGCUAAUACUCCCUGAUGCACGUCGAAACCUUGGCCUCGCAGGGACGUUGGGCGGGUCUGUGGGAGGACAAGAGCUGGACGCGAGUGAUCCUGAUUCCGACAUUCCUGACGAAUUGCAGAUCAUUUUAUCCAGCUCGGAUCACGAAGCAGAUGACACGCUAUCGUUCAAUCCUAACCUGAUGACCACGCACCCACCACUGCCCUCGCCUGGGCUGCCGCCCGAGAUGCCACUUCCUUUGCCCGAAGGCUCCGUCGCUGACGUUCCUGUAUUCCGCGCCAAAGUCAUCGACGAGGACGACCACCAUGCUGAUAUUGAAGAGGCUGGAAUAUCCUCUGAGGACGAUACCAAGAAAUCCUUUGACUUCACGGGCGAGCUGCAGAAGCUGAACGAGUCCGGUGGAUCUGACAGGCUUAGUUUCGUCGAGCAGUUGGAGAACGCGUUCCGCACGCCUGCCAAGAUUGAUUUGCGGUAUGACUUUGACCUGCCACUUGAUGCGCCGCCUGUGCCCAAGAUCCCAUCGUUGCAGGCGGAACUGGAACGUGCGGGGGAUAGCACAUUCAGCAUGGACUAUGUGUCGCAGGAGUUCUUACCUCAAGGCUUCCCGAUGGAUGUAGACACUGAACCAUCGUUGCUCCCUGGAACGGAUAGCUUCGCCACGACAAACGACUGGGAAAAGGAGGAGGAGGAGGAUGAGGAGGACUUCCCUUGCGCAGAUCGGUCCCAAGUCUUGAGGAAUGCUAAAUCCAUGAAGUCCAUGAAAUCGCGACCAUCGGAUGGACGGCUCAAUAUGGACUUCAAGUUUGGCGGCAAGCCAUCGUCUGCACCCUCUGCUGAAAAGACCGAGGAGCCACUCACACUAUCAGAUAUCAUCCCUCCUUUGGCCGUUGCCAAGUCUCUCUCCACGACUUCGUUAGCUGGCGAUGAGUCUGCCGUUCUCAAUUCCAUAUUUGCAAAGGCUGUUGAAAUUCCCUCGCCUCCAUCUCGCGUCCGCCUCGAUUCAGACUCUAACUCGAAGCGCAUCGAGCGUUCAGCCACUCGCGCUUCAAAUGUUCCAGGCCACUACAGACACUCUUCUGAACUGAGCUUUGCAGGCUUUGACUCAUUUGCAGAGGUGAGAAGAGGAUUCGAGUUCCAUGACCAUCGUCCGAAUUUCUACCCUCCACCGGGAGCCAAUUCGCGUAGCCAGCACAACAAGCACGAGUCUAUGUUCAGCAUUGCGUCUAUCUCGUCGUAUGGACAGGUCAUCAAUCAUGGGUCUACAGAUCCUUUCGACUAUGGGGCGUUGCCACUCCCAAGCCUUCGGGAGCGUCCUUCCUCGGACGAGUUCUCUUUCACCAUGUCCUCUCUUGAUGACACGUUCUCUUUCAUCCGCAAACAACCUCGCAGGCGACGUGUUGACAGCGAUGCCUCCAGCUUCUACUUCCGUGCCUCAGUUCACUCACAGAUGCACCCAUAUAAUCGUGCUGCUGCACAUCGUCGCCACUCAUCUUCAGCCUCCGUCUCAUCGUUAGGUCCACCAAUCAGUUUGUACAACCGCAACAGUUAUGGACACAACCGCAGCAGCUAUGGAUACCGCCGCCGUAAUGACUCGGGCGCUAGCACGAGCAGCGUUUCGCAACCAUAUGCUCAUGGUGGGCGUGCCUCGUGGGCUAGGCAUCGUCCCGACUUUUCCAUUGACUCCAUGCUCAGCGAUUUCUCGGAGAUUAACUUGGGGAGGCCAGGGCUGGGAGACAAGAUGCUUGACUCUGCUUUGGAUCGUGGGAUGCCACUGACUGCCAUUUCUGCAUCACCGCCUGAAAGCCCUGCUGGGAGCAUGCAAAGCGAGCAGUUCCGGAAUGGUCAAUAUAUGAAUCGUAUGUCCUAUGAUUCCAUCAUGGGCGAGCCUCAGCCGGCGUCCAAUAUGGAAGACUCGCUCUUCGAGAAGACUGGCCACAGGACAUCCGUUUCUUCGUCUGACUCUGCGUUCUUUGCUGUAGACUCCUCGCAUGCACCGCCUCAAUUCAAACGGCUAUCAAGCUACAGCAUUGCUAGCGUUCACAGUCCGCCGAAGGAAGAUGACACCAUGAUCAGCAUGCUUGGUGGUGGCCAUGUUCGACGCCGUUCCGUAGGAUCCAUGAUCGAAGCCUCUCCUUGUCGCCAAGUUGAAAAAAGGAAACAUAUGGCGUCUGACGCUCCUCAACCAAAGUUCCGUUGUAAAGGUGGCGAGUAUGAAUCUCCGAAGAGUCGAGUUCUUGAAACCAAACCGUCGAUUGUUUCGACUGCAUAUUCAGAGAAGUUCGGUGACGACUACGAAUCUCCGAAGAGUCGAGUUCUCGAAACCAAGCCGUCGAUUGCUUCGACUGCAUAUUCAGAGAAGUUCGGUGACGAGCGCAUGAUUAGAGCAAAGCACGGUCUUUUGGAGAGGCAGAGUUUGGAGAACACAGUGUUGAUCGCAGAAGGAGAGGAAGAUCUCUCAGCAUCUUUCCGCAUCCCUGUCUUCACACGCCCUCCCUGCGUAGGCCGUUCUCGCUCCAGCACUUGUACGUCUAUGAGUUCUGGUGCUGAGACUCCUCCACUUUCAAUCUCGGAUGGGUAUUCCUCGUUCUCGGAAGGCUCGCAGUCCAGCAUUGACCUCUCACAUGUCAACUACAUGCUUUCUAACGUCACUCACCCUCUGUCGAAUGCUACCUUUGACCGAGUCCGACCACGCGCUCGCGGCCACGGUCAUCAACGACGUAUCUCUCAGGCUCGUGCAUCACGGACGUCCAUUUAUGAGACUAUCGAGGAAGAACUCACAACAUCGUUUCCUCCCACUUCGUCCCUUCAGUCGCCUCUAGGUCCGGUGACAAACAAUAUUCAACUUCGUGAUUCGGCGACAAAGACAAUUGGUCGUACUCCCGUGUUUGUUGCUGAUCCUGAGACUGCGUCUGUGGAUUCAAUGUCGUUGUGGGAUGAUGAGAGGGGAAUUAUGGCGCUACGCAAGUACUAUGCGCUUCGCGACGAAGCUGAAGAUACGGUAACGGAGAGUCAGCGAGUCUGGCUCGACACGCCGUUUUCCGUCUUCGCAGUUCAAUCAUUCGACCCUCCUAAUCAUCCCUCCGGCAUGCGAGCGCUCUUAGAACAUUCAAUGCAGAACUACGGGCCUUUGCCUUCAGAUUUGCGUCCUCGACGCAUGCGUUCUCGCGUCAACUCUCGACCCUCGCCCUACCCCAGGACGUUCAAGACCUCGUUCACAUCUUCUCCAGCCACCGAGCAAGUGAGAGCGGCCAUUGUUGCAGCUGUCACAGAAAACGCUCCCAGUGACAAUAUGCGCGCCCAAAGUCAACCUAAGGCGCUGCAACAGAUUUCCGUCAACCCUAACAUCAUGUCACAUGCGGUUGAGAAUACCAAGGCAGGCGAACUUAUGAAGGACGCAGCGAUGUCACCUGGUAAACUCGAGCGCAUGUUUGGCCUCCCACCCCGUCCCCGCGUGGGCUCAGUCGCGCGAAGAGCUGCUUUGGGUUGGGCGAAGAGGAGCACUGGCCGCAAUGGGUUGGAGAAUAAGGAGAAUGCUAGCAUCGGUAACAUCUCUCUGGCAGCUGCUCCUAGUAAUAUGUCGCAAGGCUCUGUCGUGACGCCAUCAGAAACAUUAAGACUCAACCGACCCCGUCCUAGGGGAAGGCCCACUCCUGCUUCGGUGAGGCCCAUCCGUAUUUGA